AACUGUUUAUUAAUAUCUCUGACAUAAAUUGCGUACGUAGAAAUGCCUAUAAGUAUUAAUGUCUAAAAUCUAGAUAUUAUACAUCACAAUUAUUAUGACUGUGACUGUGAUUGUGAUAUAUCUUAAUAUCGUUAAGUCGAUUAUGUUAUAUUUUAUAUUUAUUCUCAUAUUAUCUGUACCGCUUGUUUAAAUGGACUUUUUUCAUAUUACUUCUUACCUAGUUACUAUAAUCUGUACCGAUCUAGUUCACAAAAGUGCUCUAUGUUUAUCACGUGUUGCGUAUGUAUUAAUUUCUUAAUUAAAAUCGUAAUAAUUAUUCUAUAAUUUUUAUCUGUGCGGAAUCCGCAUACAUGAUACAUGGAUAUUAUGACCAGCAUCCGGUAGAUUACAUUUUCUAUAAAAAAAUAUCGCUUUUCACGAAUUGGGUCCAGGUGAUCUUUAACCUCAACAACACGUACGAAUUGUAUCCUUCCUAUUUUAUACUGACUUAGAAUUGUUAACAACGAUUUAUUACUAAAAAUUGAUACAAUAUUUUGAGUGAAGUACUAAAGUUAAAAUUAAAUAAGAUAAAAUAAAAUUUUAUACUGAAAUGGAACAACAGAAGUACAUGAUAUAAAACUUUAUAUUAUAUAUUUUAUAAAAAUAUAAUUUCCAAUACAAACGCUAUUCUUGCACACACUUAUCAGAUUUUUUUAUUUCGGGAUGCAGUUCGUGUACAGCAGUAGAUAUUAUAAACAGUGGCCUACGGAAUCAAUAUAAAGUUAAUUUUUCCUGAUAAGUAAUAACUAAUAAAAUAGUUUAGGUUGGAUCAAUAAAUCCCAAACCAUCGACAUUGAUUAAAUGUAUAUUUUUUAUUUUAUAUUAAAUUCUUUAUUAUUCAGUAAUAGUAUUAAAUUAUUUGUAGGUAGAUACUAUGUAAGCACCAUUUAUUUUAUUCGUUCGAAUACUCGUGUACAAUUAAUUAAUAUUGUCAUAUCAUAUAGCUACGACUUUUAUAAAUAUAAGGAUCACAUAGGUGACACGGAUAUUUUAUUAUCCACGAUUAUAAUAAAACACGAUAUUGCAUAAUAAUAACAAUAUUAUACACACGCACCAUAACCAGUUCAAAUCUCCAGCAACUGCAGCCGGCGAUCCCGAAUUCCCACAGUUUUGAAUGGAACCGGUUUUUUUCACGUCUUUAAACUAUUUUGACGUCGGUGUUCCGUGUUCAUAAUAUGUUAUAUGCAACGCGCUUAGAAUAAAUAAUGAACUGUAAGAGUACGGUCUUCAGGUAGAAACCGUAUUCUCUCUAAGACCAGAAAAAAAACAACAAUGAUAUAUGACUCGGUCAUAUUACGUAACCCAACUAAAUGGUAUAAUAUAUAAUGUAUUAUGAUAAUGCAUCAGAUUAGGGUUUUUUUUUCAUAUUCUCUCCCUCUUGUAAUUCUACUUUAAUACAAACGAAAACGUGAAUUAUCGAUAUUUUUGAGUAUUAUCUAUAUGCCUACGCCUGUAAUGUUGAGUGUUGCACUACCUGGACCGACUGCCGGACUGCACCACAAUAUCCCCUCUGGCAGUAUUACUCAUCUCGUUGCCGGAUAAAAAUUCAGCUGCCCGCAUUGCGAUCGUCGUCAUGAUUUCAGUUGUUGUCAUUCGAUACAGGGUGACUAACGUUCUUACUGGUCGUACGCUCAAUACCCACGUACUGUUAUUAUCGUUAUUAUUGUUAUUGUACAAUUUAAUAAUAUCUUUCGUUUCCACAUAUUUUACGGUCAUGGGUACUUAUCUGGACAAUCCGGUUACCGAAAAAGUCUCAGAAGACAUGGAAGACGACACAUUGGUGUGUGGGGUCAGUUCCAUGCAGGGUUGGCGUGUCCGACAAGAAGAUGCACACUUCAGUCUACUUGACUUCGAUAAAAACAUGUCGCUUUUUGGAGUAUUUGACGGACACGGUGGUGCUGAAGUAGCUAGAUUGGCGGUUGAACAGUUGCCUGAUAUGAUAAAAAACCAAUCUUUUAACGUCGGCGAUUACGAAAAUGCUCUAAAAAACGCGUAUUUGGAUUUCGACGCGUAUUUACGCUCUAAAACUGCUUUGAGUAGAAUGAAAGUUCUAGCUCAACCAAAUGAUUCAGCGGAUGCAGGUGACGGCAACGAUGAGAACGAUAAACAUGAAGAUGACAUAAAUAAAAUGUACGGUUUUUACAGUGGUUGCACAGCAGUCGUGGCCCUAUUAGUAGACAAGAAAAAGCUUUAUGUGGCUAACAUCGGGGAUUCUAGGUGUGUCGUUGCUGUUCACGGUACUAAAGCCAUUGAUAUGUCAAAGGACCAUAAGCCUAGAAACGAACCAGAGUUGUCGAGAAUUCGUUUGGCUGGAGCAAGAGUUACAUUCGAUGGACGAAUCAAUCGCGAUCUUAAUUUGUCCCGAGCUUUCGGUGAUUACAUGUAUAAGCAAAACACUAUGCUCCCAAUUACGGAACAAGUUGUCAUCGCUCUACCUGACGUACAGGCGAGAUUAUUAAACGCAUACGAUGGCGAUUUUAUCGUGUUAGGGUGUGAUGGAAUAUGGGACUCGUUAAGUAGUCAGUCUACUGUGGAUUUUAUAUCAAAUUACAUUCAAGAACCUGAUAUAAAAUUAUCGUCGAUUUGUGAAAAUUUACUCAGCAAAUGUUUCUCGGCUGAACGCCGUUCAAAAGGUGUCGAUAACAUGACGUGUAUUAUUGUCAAAUUAAAAUACGAGAAAAAGCCGCCGUCAGACCAAAAGGGCGUUGAUCCGAUCGGCUGCAAAAUUGAUACUUUAAAAUUGAGUUAAAAUUAUAACAAUAAUGUUAUUAUCAAUACCUAACAUAAUGAAUAUACUAUAUUACUAUGUAAUAUAUUAUAACAUAAUAUUUUUAUUUUGCACACCAACUCAUGUGAAUAUUAUAAAAUGAAUUUGGCGUAUUGAAUUUUAUUAUUCAACUGAAGACAAUAACACAAAAUUUACAUUAUACGUGUUAUUGAUGGUAAUGCAAUCAUGAAAUUAGUUUUUAAUCGUUGGGCCAUCUUAUAGAUAUUUAGUACAUAUUAUGCAUCAUUAUGGGAAAAUCAGGUUUUGGGAAGGUGUGGUAUUUUUAUUUUUGCUUCAAUAAAAAAAAAAGUAUAUAAAAAGAUAUAAA